AUGCGCAAAUAUCCCCUGACUAAGCAGACGACCCCCUUCUUCCGCUGCUCCGAGGAAGAGUUUUCUCGAGAUGUCGACCCAAACGAGCAGAUCAGCAGACUCCCCCGCCCCGCAAAAACCCAUAUCACCUUCUGGGGUAGCAGCUGUGAAAGGGACCGCUGGAGAGAUUAUUACUCCGCUGUGAUAUCAGCCUAUUCAAAGGGCUUAACAACAAAAACAAACCAACACCUGGCAAUGGGGGGAGCACCUGGAGCUGAAGAACUGGAUAGGGGCCCUUAUGAGAGCAAUGUCUUUCGGCCGGAAUCAAAACUUGCGUCAUAUAUACCAGGGGGAUACUCUCCUUCGCGAUGCAUGAAACUCAGUGGCAUGCCAAUGGUGUAUGCCAUUUAUGCAUACGCCGGUUGUGCAAUUAUGUUUUUUGGCUAUGACACGGCUGUUAUGUCCCAGGUCAAUAUAAACCCUGACUAUUUGCGAACAAUGGGUGUUGCUGGCGGUACAGAUCGCGAUGCUGCAGCGAUUGGAGGACUUGUUAGCUUGUGGUUUGGUGGCUUUGCCAUUGGAGCAAUGAUGGUUGGAUACACAGCAGACAGAGUAGGUCGGCUCAAAACAAUCCAGAUUGGAUGCAUCUGGGGAAUCCUCGGAGCUGUGCUCCUUGCCACGGCCCAAAACAUUUCUUGGUUUGCCUGUGCUCGGGUUAUCAGCGGUAUUGGGUGCGGUUACUUAAACACCAUAGUUCCAGUAUGGACUUCAGAGCUUGCUCCGGCUAACAUGAGAGGUGCAUUUGUUGCUGUUCAAUUUACACUUGCUAUGGUUGGAUCUGCCUUGUAUGAAAGCUCAUCUCUCCGCCCUUUCGCCAAGUAUCUACUAACAGAAGCUUCAGAGUGUAUUGAAUCUCCCCGCUACUUGGCUAAAACAGGGAAAAUCGAUCAUGCAAAAUCCAUCCUACAAAAAUGUCGCACUGACCCUAAUGAAGAGAAUAUUGAUAACGAAAUGGAAGAAAUUCUUGAUGCCAUUCGACUCGAGGCAUCAGACUCCAACCCCAGCUUCUAUAAUAUGCUUUUCACUUCGGACAAUCUCCAUACUCGCCGUCGGGUGUUCCUAGGCGCUGGGGUACAAAUAAUGCAGAAGUUCACUGGAAUUGACUUCAUUGCUGUCUAUGCUCCUAAUAUUUUUGCUUUCUCAGGGUUUAAGGGGGAUACCCCUGCUUUACUUGCUGGAGGGAACUGGUUUGGAUAUAUCCUUGCACUUGCACUGUCUAUCUACCUGUGCGAUCAUGUUGGCCGUCGGAAGAUGAUGCUGUCUGGUUGUACUCUCAUGGGAAUCGUACUCAUAAUUGGAGGGAUCUUAUCCCAACAAACACUGAAAUAUGCCGAACUCGACCCAGGGAAGGCAAACAAGUUCGGAGCUGGUGUUGCCGCCAUUCUAUAUGUGUACACCUUCAUCUACGGUUCAACUUGGUUAACUACAUGCUGGGUUUAUCCAACGGAGGUAUUUCCACUAGCAACAAGAAGCAAAGGCACCGCACUUGCUACGUUCGCCUUUUCAGUGGCUGGAGGUACCAUCAAUAUGAUUAUUCCAUAUUUGAUAAGUGCAAUCGGCUUCUGGGUUUUUAUCCUAUUUGCUCUUAUUAACCUUGUGAUGUUGGUACCAAUUUACCUUUUCUAUAUUGAGACAGCAAAUAGGCACUUGGAGGAUCUAGAUCUAUUGUUUGCAAGCAAAAGCAGCUUCGUUUGGCGCGCAGAACAGGAAUUCGCCGACGCCAAAGGUUCUCAAGGGGGUAGCCACGGUGCAACCAAUUAA